AUGUAUAGGGCUGUUGUACUUUUAUUGUUAUUGUCUAGUGUUGAAAGUCUUAAGUUUUUGUUAUACAACCCAGACAACCCUGGAGCAAGCAAAUCUCAUGUUAUACUGGUUGACAAGUUAGGCGAUUUGUUGGUGGAUGCUGGUCAUGAGGUGGUAAGUAGUCUGUUAUAUUUCAUAAUUUACCUGGUAAACAAAAUUUAUUUUUAAGGAUUGGGAUAGGGGAAAUGAGUAAAGAUAAGGGCUGGUUUUGUAAUAAGGGGUAAGGUAGGAAUAAAUUUUUAAAUGGUUUAUGAUUCUAAUACUGAUUUUAGGUAACAUACAUGCCAUUUGUCAAUGACGUUUCGUUCCACUUCAAACGCAAAUCGAGGACAGAGUUCUAUAAUGUCACCAUGGACGUUCCGACUAUUGCUGAGAGUUCGAAUAUCUGGCAAAAAGACUUUGAAAUUACCGAAAUUGGGGCUGUAAGUUAAUUUAUUGGAUGUAUUUUUUAGAAAGUUUGCUUGUAUUAGCCUACUCUACUUUACCCUACUCUACCUUACCCUACCCUUACCUUAACCUACGUUACUCUGCCUUACCCUGCCAUACCCUACUUCUCUCUACUCUAGCCUACCCUAUGUUACACUAAACUACCCGACUCUAACUUUGCCCUGCCCUAGCCCACCCUAUUUACCCUAAACUUUCUGCCUUAACUUGCCAAAUCUUAUCGUACCUUGCCCUAUUCUAUCUUACCUUUUUCUGCUUUUCCUUACUUUACCCUGCUCUCAUAUUAGCUACCCUAGCAUAUACCCUAAUUUAGCUUGCUCUACCUUACUCUAGCCCACUCUACUUUUUUCUACCCUUCUCUUUCUUGCCUUGCUCUGUCUAGCAUCUAACGUACCUUACCAUUCCUUGACGCCUUUGUGCCAUUUUGAUCUUACCGUGCUCUUGGCUAUCUUGUUCUUCUUUAUCUUGCCCUGGCUUUUCUUGUCAUACACUUUGAUUUGUUCUUAGGAGACCUAUCUUACUCUACUCUACUUUCUUUUGCCUUAUUUUCCUUUAUCCUACUUUAUCUUUUUUGGCUUUACCUUACUAUUUUUUUUUACUUUUGUUACCCCUUCUUUAUCGAAUAUUAUCUUUUUAGUGGAUGAAGACACUAAGUGACAUAGCAACAAAAUCCUGUGAAACCCAACUGAACGAUGAGGUUUUAAUGAAGAAAUUGGAAGCUGAAAAGUUUGAUUUUGCUUUGAUCGAGUACUUUGACCCGUGCGGAUUGGGAAUAUUUCACAAGAUUGGCAUAAAACGGUACUCAAUUGUAUACUCGACUCAGAUUCAUCUUAUUCAUGCUAGGCAUGUUGGUAUUCCUACUCCUACCAGCUUUGUUCCUGGUAAGAGUUCAUUUCAUAUUUCGGUUUGGAAGCUUGGUUUAGGUAGUAAUUGUGAGAAUGUUUGGUACUAUAUAGUACGAGGAGUUUUUUGCUAAUGAUUUUGGGAUUGAACUUGGGUAUGGGUAUUUUAGAGAGGAGUAAAGGAGGGAUUUAAGGUUGGACCAACUAUUGUUGUUUUUUGGUACAAAUAGUACUGUAUGGCUUUUCACUAUGAAACUAUUAGUACUGUAUAUAUGUUUUUUGGAUUAGAAGAGCGUAAAUCAAUGUUGUUUUAGAAAUUACCUGGUCAACUCCAUCUAAAAUGACGUUUUUUCAACGUUUGUGGAACUUUAUUUGUAAUCUUGUUGUUGAACCCUACCUGAUUCACAGCCAUAUUGGAGGCUUCAAUGACGUUUUUGCUUCGAUGGGCAAAACUGUUUACGUAAGUUGUCCUUUUAGUACUAUUUAGCACUAUGUUUUUUAGAGAAUAUAAUGUUGUAUUCGGAUUUUAGUAUCUUAUUGUACCGUUUCUCGUACUAUUUGGUACUAAUUAUUAAAAAUAGUAAUGUGUUUUUGUGCUAUGUAGUACUAAUACUUUUUUUUUGCUUUUACAUAGUACUAAAAGUUCAGUACUGCAUAGUACUAUUGUUUCCGUACUUUAUAUCACAGUGCUAUAUAGUAGCAAAAAAGUACUAUGCUUUUACAGUACUAUUUUUAGGACUUAAUGGCUGAAAGUGGGUUUAUAUUUAUUAAUACUGAUGAGUACGUUGACUUUCCAAAGCCAAUCAGCCAUAAAAUUGUCAACAUUGGAGGUAUUGGGAUGAAAAAGAUGCUUUCUAAACCUCAAACAUUGCCCGAGGUAAGGUUUUAAUUUUUAAUUAUAGUACUGUUGCGACAUCUGUCGUGGUACUGUUUUAGGGUAUGGUAGAUGGAAUGAUAAGGGUAGGCAUGUAUGAAGGGCAGUAUAGGGGGAUGAGGAAUACAGUGGGAGGACUGGACAGACGUAGGGGUAGAAGGAUAGGGGUAAAAGGGUAAUGUAGGGUAGGAUAGAGUGGGGCAGGGCAGGAUAGGUUAGAGUAGGAUAAGGUAGGGUAGGGUGGAGUAGGGUAAGAAGGGUAGCUUAAAAAAGGUAUGACUCUAACCUCUUCAGAAGUACCAAAAGGUCUACGGCGCCGCAAAAGAUGGUGUAGUGCUAGUCUCAUGGGGUUCACUGGCCAGAACAGUCGAUAUUCCCCAAAAAUCUCUACAAACUUUAUUCGAUGCUUUUGGCGACUUUCCAAAUGUCAAUUUCAUAGUAAAGUAUGAGAGCGAUAAUGUGACAGUACAAGUGCCAACUAAUGUAUUUAUGUCUGGAUGGCUGCCUCAGCCUGCUAUAUUAGGUACGAUUUUGAUUUUUUUUUGGUUCUUAGGUAACAAACUGAAGAUUAAUGGCGUUUUUUAAGGUUUGUAAAGAAAGUUCUUGUUAUUUUUCAGUUUGUAAAGAGAGUGCUUGCAAUUUUCAACUUCUCAAUGAAGGUUUAUGCCAUUUUUAAUCAUACAUAUUAAAAAAAACUUGAAAGUUUAAAAAUGUCACUUCCAGCCCAAAACAAGACCCUAACCUUUAUGACUCACGGUGGUCAAAACAGUGUUACUGAAGCCACGUACGCUGGAGUGCCAUUAGUUGUCGUACCCUUGUUUGGAGACCAGCCUAGGAAUGCAGAAGCUGUUAAAGAAAGAGGCGUCGCUGAGAUUUUGAAGAAACACUAUUUGAACAAUAAAAAGAAGAUUGUUGAGGUCUUGAGGAAUGUUAUCUAUAGUGAAAAGUAGGUCUUUUUACCUAUGUUGUUAAAGUUUAGGUACGUGUUUGAGUAAGGCUUAGGUACGUGUUUGGGUAAGGCAUCAACAAUAGAUCUGCUAGUAAUGGAGAAGCAUUUGUAAAGGAUAGGGUAAUUUUGGGUUUAUGUGUGGGGUAGGGUGUAGCAGGUUUAUGGUAGAAAGCAAGAGUAUGGAUCUGGGUAUAGGCAAAGGAUAUUUUAGGUUAAAGGACGAAAAGUUUAUGCUGAAGUUGUAUUAACGAUGGUAGGUUGAAUACGGUUGAGGGAGUAGCAUAGAUAUAUAUGAUAUAGGGUCGGGAUACGGUAGCCGAUGGUAGAGUAGGGAAGGGUAAGAGAGGGUAGGUAGGAUAGGAUAGGAUAAAAUAGGAUAGGGUAGUGUAGUGUAGGAUACGCUAAGGAUAUGGUGAGCGGUAUAGGGUAGGGUAGGGUAGGGUAGGGUAGGGUAGAAUAGGGUAGGGUAGGGUAGAAUAGGGUAGAAUAGGGUAGGGUAGAAUAGGGUAGGGUAGGGUAGAAUAGGGUAGGGUAGAAUAGGGUAGGGUAGGGUAGGGUAGGGUUGGGUAGGGUAGAAUAGGGUAGGGUAGGGUAGGGUAAGGUAAGGUAGGUUACUAUAAGGUAGGAUGAGAUAAACUAUGGCAGUAGAAUCUUUACUACAGUACAAAAAUUAUCAUUUCAGUCUCCAAACAGCCUCAAACGAGCUCUCUCACCUAAUGUUGAGCAAGCCAAUGUCAGCGGAUGAAAGAUUUGUGAAACAUUGUGAAUUUGGUGCUCAAUUCGACAUUCAUGAGCACCUCGAUCUUCAUGGUAGAAGAUUGAACUUUAUCCAGUAUCAUAACCUGGAUGUGAUUGCUUUUAUCAUUGGCUCAGUUAGUCUAACACUGUAUAUCUUGUUCAAACGAGCACAGUUUUACCUUAGUUAUAGUAAGGUGAAAAAGGACAAAAAUGAGUAA